AUGACCACCACCACUCAGGUAUCAUCUAUUGAUCACAGUCCUAUUCUGUCGGAUCUGUCUAUUUAUAAACAACUGGUUAGAGCUAUUCAGUAUGCUAGUAUUUCUAGCCCUGACAUUGCCUUCUCCGUCACAGAGCGUGUCAAUUCAUGCAUGCACCUACCGAAAAUCAUUGGUAUGCCUUCAAACGCAUCUUGCGGUACUUAUAUGACAAAAAUGAUUUUGGCCUGCUCAAUUGACACAAUUCGUGUUCCUCUCUACCAACCUUUAUGGAUGGUAAUUGGCAACAUUCUGCAACUGAUUCCUAUGCGCCUUCUUAGAUUCAGACUGGGUUGGCUACCCCGAUGA